GCUGCCGCUUUAAGCAUCCAUGCGGUUCAUCCGGGCAGGAAGUUUUUAAACAACUGUAACUUCAAGCGGGGACGAGCUCACUGAGAGGAAGCGAGCGCUGGGGGGUGCUGGGGGCAGGAUCUGGCAGGAAAGCGUCGUCCAGUAGCGGAAGGCUAAGGGGUUCACUUUUUAGCAGGAGUGAGGAAAUAGUCAAGGAGGAAUUAAAUGGAGAACGAGACAGCUUUACGGACAUUUAUAAACGCUUCGGAAUUGCGGAAGGAGCAAAUGCGGAUUCUCUGCCAUCGGGGCGACAUAUAAUUACAUGGGAGAGCGUCGAGGGACUAUAGGAGACACACGUUACCCUGUCGCGGGUGUCUGAAUUUGGAAUUAUCGCUGGAAAAGGCACGUCUUACUUGUGCCAGCAGCAACUUCUGGAAGCUGAACAACGCCAGUUCUUUCCAUCUCGUACCUCAGUGGAGUUUAUUUUUUUGUUUAUUGGAUGAUAUGGGCAAACCGACGAAACGAAUAGUUUAAGUGGUGCGAUUUAAAUCGUGAAGUGCACAGUCCAACUUACAGUACGUUGCGUUUGGGAGACACGCAAGCGCCCUACGAGCCUUCCAGACAUACAUAUGAGCAAGUUGGAGAAGUUUGUGCGGGCGGGCGUCACAGAAGCCCAGUAGUUAAUAAACGAGCGGAGUGGUCAUACGGACACAAAGGGGGCAGAUAAGAUCCCCGGUGAACUGCAAAAGGAAAAAAACACCCUCAGAAAGGUGAGCCUGAACACCGCUCGUUCUGACAUCUCCUGCUGUGACACGUUUCUGCGCACGCAAUGGUCCUAUUGUCCUGGGAAAAGAGGCACGAGAACACUUAACUCGGAACAAAAUAAUAAUACUAAAUAUCGCAUACCACGCUUGAAAUACUGGAGCCGAGUGUGGUCUGGACAAUUGCUGCGUUUAUUUAAAGAAGAAUGGCCGGCGCCACCGUGUCUCUCUCGUGCGGAGCUUCUCCGACCUGGUACCACCGAGACUUGAGUCGCGCAGCUGCCGAGGAGCUUUUGGCGCGGGCCGGUCGGGACGGGAGUUUCCUGGUGCGGGACAGUGAGAGUGUGAAUGGCGCGUACGCCCUCUGUGUCCUAUUUCAGAAACAUGUCCACACAUACAGAAUACUCCCGGAUGAAGAGGAUUUCCUUGCUGUACAGACAUCUCAGGGUGUGCAGGUUAAACGUUAUAAAACUCUGCCAGAAUUGGUCCAAUUGUACUUGCAACCUAACCAAGGCCUUGUGACAACUCUAUUGUAUCCUGUUGACAGAGAGAAAGAUAAUCCUGAAGACCGUGACUAUUCUGAUGGUGAAGAUGACAAACCCCCACUGCCCCCUCGCACUGCGUCCACAAGUAACCCUGCCUCCUCAAGUUCAGCAGUUGUUCUUACAGGACAUGAUACUCACAGUGAAGGUGCUGCUAAUGGGUUGAGCACCAUAUCUCAUGAUUAUUUGAAAGGCAGCUAUGCACUGGAUUUGGAGGCUGUGAAGCAGGGGGCAAGUAAUCUUCCUCAUCUUAAUAAGACACUGGUCACAUCUUGUAAGAGACUACAUGGGGAGGUAGAUAAAGUUCUUGCCGGGCUGGAGAUUCUAUCAAAGGUGUUUGACCAGCAAAGCUCUGUGAUGGUUUCACGGAUGAUACAGCAGACAAAUAGUCAAAGUGGUGACCAGGAACUGGAAAAUCUUGUAACAAAACUUUCAAUCCUCAAGGACUUGUUGUCUUCAAUUGAAAAAAAGGCUUUAAAAGCACUACAGGAUAUGAGCUCCCCAGCAUUUUCACUUCCGUCUGCUCCUUUUACACGACAUCAGAAGACUAUUCCAGUACAAUUCUUUGAGGUCAAACUGGAUGUGAAUUUAGCAGACCUGACUAAGAUUGGGAAAUCUCAGAAGUACACCCUGAGUGUGGAUGUGGAAGCAGGAAAAUUAGUAGUCACUAAAAAGCUGAAGGACUCUCAAGAAGACUGGAAUACCUUCACUUACGAUAAAAUUCGACAGCUUAUAAAGUCUCAAAGAUUUCAGAAUAAACUGGGAAUAGUGUUUGAGAAGGAAAAGGACAAGAGCCAGAGGAAGGACUUCAUUUUUGCCAGUGCUAAGAAGAGAGAAGCAUUUUGUCAACUGCUGCAGCUGAUGAAGAACAGACAUUCCAAUCAAGACGAGCCAGACAUGAUUUCAGUCUUCAUUGGUACCUGGAAUAUGGGAAGUGUGCCUUGUCCAAAGAAUAUAAGUUCAUGGAUAAUGUCCAAGGGUUUAGGCAAAACCUUAGAUGAAAUUGCAGUGAACAUCCCACAUGAUAUCUAUGUAAUUGGAACACAGGAAAACUCGAUUUGUGACAGAGAGUGGGUUGAAAUCUUGCGUGGCGCACUUAAAGAAUGCACUGAGAUUGAUUUUAGACUGAUUGCAGUUCAUUCACUCUGGAAUAUCAAGAUUGUUGUCCUUGUAAAACCGGAGCAUGAGAACCGUAUCAGUCAUGUGGGCAUCUCAAGCGUGAAGACAGGUAUCGCCAACACACUUGGUAAUAAAGGGGCUGUUGGUAUUUCCUUCAUCUUUAAUGGUACUUCAUUUGGAUUUGUUAACUGCCACUUAACCUCAGGGAAUGAGAAAACUGCCAGACGAAAUCAGAAUUACAUUGACAUCUUGCGGCUGCUUUCUCUGGGAGAUAAGCAGCUGAACUCAUUUGACAUCUCGCUGCGAUUCACUCAUCUCUUUUGGUUUGGGGACCUAAAUUACAGACUGGAUAUGGACAUACAGGAAAUUCUAAAUUAUAUCAGUAGAAAGGAAUUUGAGGCUCUUCUAAAAGUGGACCAGCUGAAUUUAGAACGAGAGAAGAACAAGGUUUUUCUGCGGUUUGCUGAAGAAGAUAUCACUUUUCCUCCUACCUAUCGUUAUGAGAGGGGAUCGAGGGACACUUACGUCUGGCAGAAACAGAAACCAACAGGGAUGCGAACUAAUGUUCCUUCUUGGUGUGACCGAAUUCUAUGGAAGUCCUACCCCGAAACUCACAUCGUGUGUAAUUCUUAUGGAUGCACUGAUGAUAUUGUAACAAGUGACCAUUCUCCUGUUUUUGCAACUUUUGAAGUUGGUGUAACCUCCCAGUUUGUCUCCAAGAAAGGUCUGCACAAGUCUACAGAACAGGCCUACAUUGAAUUUGAGAGCAUUGAAGCCAUUGUGAAGACUGCAAGUCGUACCAAAUUCUUUAUUGAAUUCUAUUCAACUUGUCUAGAAGAAUUUAAAAAGAGCUAUGAGAAUGACACUCAGAGCAGUGACAACAUAAACUUCCUGAAGGUGGGCUGGUCAUCUAAACAGUUGACAACGCUAAAGCCAAUUUUGUCAGAUAUUGAGUAUCUUCAAGAUCAGCACUUGCUUCUUACUGUUAAAUCAGUCGAUGGCUACGAGUCCUAUGGGGAGUGUGUACUUGCUCUUAAAUCCAUGAUUGGUAGUACUGCACAACAGUUCCAUACCUAUCUGUCACAUCGUGGUGAAGAAACUGGCAAUAUUCGAGGUUCUAUGCGUGUACGAGUGCCGUCUGAGAGAAUGGGCACACGUGAGAGACUCUAUGAAUGGAUUAGCAUCGAUAAGGAUGAGACUGGAGGACUGAAAGGAAAGCACCCAAGCUGUUCUCGAAGCUCUCAUGACUAUGUGAAACCUACAACCCGAAAAUCAGUACAAGGUGAAUCCUUAGGAAAAGUGUUUGAGGAAAGCGACAGAAAUCCAGUCGCAGGGAGACCCAACUUUGCACUGCCUUGCACACCAAAGGAGGAAAAUACUCAAGUACGACCUAAACAAGACACUGUUGAGGGGGAGACCAACAACUGCAGAAACAGUUACAAUAACCCUGCCUAUUACAUCUUGGAAGGUGUACCAAACCAGUCUGCAGCAAUGUCUUCAGAUAUUUCAGCAGCCUCCGCCAUUCCACCUUUAAGCAGUAAAGUCUCAGUUGGUUCCACAAAAAGCAAAUCCCCUUUAACUGUGGUGACGCAACAACGCAGACAGGGUUCUGGACCACCCUCCAAUCUGAAGGGCGAAGGAGCAUCACCAGAAGAAGAGGGAACUAUUCUGGGUGAUGGUGGUACUCUGAAUAGGCCUCCUCCUGACUUUCCUCCACCUCCCUUGCCUAAAAGUGUUGUAGAGAUUAACGAAAGUCACAUGCACAGUUCAAACAAAGAUGCCAAGCUAAGAAAUAUGUACCCUGACCUUUCAGACAUGAGAACUGGAGCUUUUCCCAAACCUCUACCUUCACCAGGAUUUCUGCCCUCAAGUACUGGUGGGGCAAGUGGUGUCUUUAGCAUGGAAUCGCCUCCUGCUAUGAAUAUGAUGGGACCUUCAUUUAAGAGGAGUGGUGGACAACACGGUGCAGAUGAUCAGUCCUGUUCUGUGCUGCAAAUGGCCAAAACACUAAGUGAAGUUGAGUACCAGCCUUCUCGUGACAGAAAUCCUCCUUUGCCAGUUAAGAACUUGUCAUCCCAGCCACUCAGAGGGCUAGGACUUCAGGAUGCCUUUCAGACACGUUCCAUUCGAGAAUGUAUUGAAGAGGGGCUAAAUGAGGAGCCAUCUUGGCAUGGAAGCAGCAGCAGCUCUAGCUUGUCUUUUGAGCUAAGCGUUGGGGAUUGGCUUCGACGAUUUGGCCUGGAGAGGUACGAAGAGGGAUUGCUGCAUAAUGGAUGGGAUGACUUGGAAUUUCUUAGUGACAUCACAGAAGAGGAUCUGGAAGAGGCCGGAGUCCUUGACCCCACUCACAAGAAAAUUAUUUUGGAGAACCUCAGAUUGCAGAAAUAGCAGAGCUUGUCUUCUCCAGACUUGUGGUUUGGCAGCUGUUGGACUUCCAUGUACUGUUCCUCAUAUGCUUCAAAGGUUGCACUGUAGCUUUGAAAGCUUAACUUCAUGUCUUUCAGGUUUUAAUUUCAGUAGCAUUCAGAACCAGUAUAGCUGGCCUUGUCACGGAAUUUGUUUGUAAAUAUAAGUUUGACAAUUAACCCAGUCAUUUACAUUCCCUUCUGCUGAGCUACGUGUUUAAUGUCGAAGUAAUUCUGCCCAGGAUGUUCUUUUUAACUGUUUUCAUCUUACAGCACUUCAGUCUUGUGUGGGUGCCCCACAUGACAGACAAGGAUACCUUGAGUUCUCUGUGCUGUGCUUGUUUUGCACCAGGGUGAAAAGGAUUAAUAUUUAAUCACUCGUUAAUCCUGACGUUUUUGUUGCUUUUACUGCCAUCUUUAAAUGUGGUCCUUCCUCACUGGUAAGGCUUUGUUUUUGUGAAUUUCCCAUUGGGAUUAAUAAAGAAUCUAUCUAUCUAUCUAUCUAUCUAUCUAUCUAUCUAUCUAUCUAUCUAUCUAUCUAUCUAUCUAUCUAUCUAUCUAUCUAUCUAUCUAUCUAUCUAUCUAUCUAUCUAUCUAUCUAUCUAUCUAUCUAUCUAUCUAUCUAUCUAUCUAUCUAUCAAUCAAAGCACCUGUAUCCUACUGCAAUAUGGAGUCACCAUGCAUUUCUUUUCUAAAACAUCUGACCUAAUUUAUUGAUAUUUUUUUUAAUUAUUAUUUUAGUUUGUAUUGUUUUGAUGUAUAAUUUUGAUGCAGUAAUCCAGUGAACUCUCUUGCUUAAACCUCUCCUUGGCACAGCCACACAGCCAUUCAGUGCUUAGCAUGUUAUUUAUAUUUGUGUCCAGCAGAGGGCAGCAAAAUGCCUUUGAAUAGUGAACUCAUGUGAAGAUGGCACCUGUGUGCCCUCGCCAUGGAGAACUAGAGAGAGUCGGUCAACUUUACGUGCUGCCAUAUUUAAUAUUGGUAGAUUUGUUAAAUUCCUUAAAGUGCCUUUGUGCUGAAUGUGUGUUUUCUAUGACUGUAUGUGGACGUUCACUAAUAUUUAUAUCAGAAGAUUCCUUUGUGCCACUAGUUUGUUCUUUAUUCAGUUGAUGGUGUGAUUUCUGAAGUACUUUAUUGAUUACUAUUUGUAUUAUUGUAAUAUUCCAUGAAAAUGUUAUGAUGCAUGUGUCUUUACUGAGCUCUCAGUAUAUAUAUUUUUGAGUAACAUUCUAGUGAUCUGACAUAUGUAUAAUGUGCAAAUGCAUCUGCUCUCCAUGGCAUAGUGUUGUUCUACUAAAUGUGAUGCCAUGCUGUCUGUCUGUACGUGGGCACUGCUCGUGACGUGGCAGGCCUGCGUGGUAAGCUGCUGUUUGACCGGAGGUCUCGUAUUGUUUGUUACGUUCAGGUCUGGAAAUUUCAUGCACAGGAACUGGAAAGAAAAUCGUGGAGAUUGUCGUGUGGACAUCGGGCGAUGUCGGUGUAGGUCAUGUGAUGACUUAUAUUAAGGUUGUUUUCUUUUGCCUUUGUGUAAUUUAAUUGAGUAAUCCAAAGUCUAAAUUUGUAAUUAAACUUUUUCAUCUUAUUAAACAAAAAACAAC